UGCCAAUCCGCACAAGGAAACCUAGAGCGAGGGAAUCGGAAAGAGUCACGCGCGCUUUAGGGAUUCAGGCUAUUUUCGCCCCCUUCCGUUUUUGGCUGCAUAUUGACCCUCGCCAGUUGCCAUAGCGAAUGGAAAAAGUGGGCGGGGAAGAGCUGAAAAAGCAAGAUGGCGGUCGUCGGAGCGAUGCGGAGGUUCCCAGGUAUUUUACGGUCCUUGUGUUCUUUAGCCCCUUCUGCCUAUCAUGGUACUUGCAGUAUCAGCUCAAUUUCUCGACUAUCUUUAUUUCACAUUAGCCAUGAGCAGGGAUCGACUGUCUCUUUCAGAAGACCUCUUCUGUCUUUUGGCAGUACUUCCUUUGGGCAUCCAGUCUCCGUAGUAAAUAGUGUAACACCUCUGCUUCCAAGUAUAUUACAUCAGCAAACAAGGACUCUCAUCAAAUAUAGCUUGCGGAAAGGAAAACGGAAAACAGUAAAAGCUGUUGUUCAUAGAUUUCUCCGAUUGCACUGUGGCCUUUGGCUACGGAGAAGGGCUGGUUACAAGAAAAGAUUGUGGAAAAAAAAUGUUAGGCGAAGAAAGCGCUUGAGGGAGCAUGUGUUCUGCAACAAAACACAGUCUAAGCUGCUUGACAAAAUGACCACUUCCUUCUGGAAGAGAAGAACCUGGUAUGUCAAUGAUCCCUAUCAGAAAUAUCACGACCGUACAAAUAUUCCCUGGUGAAUUGUCGAAUUCACAUCUGCUAUAGCAGCCCAAACAGUCUGUAUGCCAGUAACAAAAUGAAUGGUUCAUAUUGAUCACAUUUCCAUAAAUGUAUAAUUAACAAAUACAAAGGUCUUAUUCAACUACUGCUGAAAAAUAAAAUUUGAUUUGAUUA